UUUUUUUUUUUAUAUGAGCGAUUCAAAUUUAUAUCAAAAAAUUCAGUUUCCUGCGUUUGUUGUUUUUCUUUUCUUCUAUUAAUCCUUGAAACUCUCCCCACUCUUUUCCCCUUCUUUUUUUUUACCUUUCAUUAUAACUAGACGCUAUGGCAACCACUGCUCUUGGAUUACACUUCGCUAAGCGAACUUUUUCUACAUCUAUCCCAAAGGUAUUGGCGGUAGCUCCUAAACGAGCCAUGUCCACUGAAGCUGUUCGCAACAUUGACGAUAUUAAGGAUAUUACUGUUACCCCCAACAACAGUGCUGAAUACGUUUUGUCCACUGUUGAUCGUGUUGUUAGCUGGGCUCGUGAAGGUUCUAUUUGGCCUAUGACUUUUGGUUUGGCUUGUUGUGCUGUGGAAAUGAUGCAUUGUUCUACUCCUCGUUAUGAUCAAGAUCGUAUUGGUAUUGUGUUCCGUGCUUCUCCUCGUCAAUCUGAUGUGAUGAUCGUUGCUGGUACUUUGACAAACAAGAUGGCUCCUGCUUUAAGAAAAGUCUACGAUCAGAUGCCUGAACCUCGUUGGGUGAUUUCUAUGGGAUCUUGUGCUAAUGGUGGUGGUUAUUAUCAUUACUCUUACUCUGUUGUUCGUGGUUGUGAUCGUAUUGUACCUGUUGACAUUUAUGUUCCUGGUUGUCCUCCUACUGCUGAAGCCUUGUUGUAUGGUAUUUUCCAAUUGCAAAAGAAGAUGAGAAGAACCAAGAUCACUCAACUUUGGUAUAGAAAGUAGACAUGUUCAUCAUUAUUAUUAUCUUUUAGUCAUAUUUUUUUUCUCCCUUUCCUUUCUCCCUCUUAGCCCUUUUAUAUUCCUUUAGUGUAAUAAAAAAAAAUGUUUUUCUCUUUUGUAUAAAAAAAAAAAAA